UCGCUCCUGCUUUCGGGACAAGCAGAAGAGACGGAGGAUGUGAGUGAAGAAGCCCCGUUGAGGGACCGCUCCCACAUCGAUAACACACUGAUGUUGAAUGAAGACAAGCCAGCGGACGAUUACUCAGCGGUGCUGCAGCGCCUUCGGAAGAUCUACCACACCUCCAUCAAGCCCCUGGAGCAGUCUUACAAAUACAAUGAGCUCCGGCAGCAUGAGAUCACAGAUGGGGAGAUAACUUCCAAGCCAAUGGUACUGUUCCUGGGACCGUGGAGCGUUGGCAAAUCUACCAUGAUUAACUACCUCCUUGGGCUGGAAAAUACUCGCUAUCAGCUCUAUACAGGUGCUGAACCCACCACCUCCGAGUUCACAGUCCUUAUGCAUGGGCCCAAGCUGAAAACCAUUGAGGGCAUUGUCAUGGCUGCAGACAGUGCCCGGUCCUUCUCACCACUGGAAAAAUUUGGUCAGAAUUUCCUGGAGAAGCUGAUUGGCAUCGAGGUUCCCCACAAACUUCUCGAGAGGGUCACUUUUGUGGAUACACCAGGCAUCAUUGAAAACCGCAAGCAACAAGAAAGAGGCUACCCGUUCAACGAUGUGUGUCAGUGGUUCAUCGACAGAGCCGACCUCAUCUUUGUUGUCUUCGACCCCACCAAGCUAGAUGUGGGUCUGGAGCUGGAGAUGCUCUUCCGCCAGCUGAAGGGACGCGAGUCGCAGAUAAGAAUCAUCUUGAACAAGGCGGACAACCUGGCCACGCAGAUGCUCAUGCGCGUGUACGGAGCUCUCUUCUGGAGUCUGGCCCCUCUCAUCAAUGUCACGGAGCCCCCGCGGGUUUAUGUCAGCUCCUUCUGGCCACAGGAUUAUAAGCCUGACACCCACCGGGAGCUGUUCCUCAAAGAAGAGAUCUCCCUCUUGGAGGACCUGAACCAGGUGAUCGAGAACAGAUUAGAGAACAAGAUCGCCUUCAUCCGCCAGCAUGCCAUCCGGGUCCGCAUUCAUGCCCUCCUGGUUGAUCGCUAUCUGCAGACUUACAAGGACAAAAUGACCUUCUUUAGUGACGGAGAACUGGUCUUUAAGGACAUUGUGGAAGACCCUGAUAAAUUCUACAUUUUCAAGACCAUCCUGGCAAAGACCAAUGUCAGCAAGUUUGACCUCCCCAACCGCGAGGCCUACAAGGACUUCUUUGGCAUUAACCCCAUUUCCAACUUCAAACUCCUCUCUCAGCAAUGCUCUUACAUGGGGGGCUGCUUCCUGGAGAAGAUAGAGCGCGCCAUCACCCAGGAGCUCCCCAGCCUCCUGGGUAGCCUGGGGCUUGGGAAGAAUCCGGGUGCUCCCAACUGUGACAAAACAGGGUGUGGUGAGGCCCCAAAGAAUCGCUACAAGAAGCACUAGGUUGUGAGAAGCCAUUCUUGGGUCCCUGUUGGUGAAUAAGCUUGUGUCCUAACUGUCUGAGAAGUCCUGGUUUAUUAACCCUUUGAGCCCACCCCGGUGAGAACCAGCGCGCGGUAGAGAUUUGGGGAGCGGGUUGAGGCCGGUGGCGCAGCGAAGGCGCGUGGGUGAGCAGAGGAGGUGGAAACUGUGAAUUGCAGUGUGCUUGUCUCGUCGCUUCGGUUAGGAGGCCUGGCUGAGGCAAGUCAGGUUCCCUUGCUUCUCCUGGGUCCUGUCUUGGAGGGACAGAGAGCAGCUAAAUUCUAGUGUAUACUAAAUCAAUGAGGGUCAACUGAAAUUCCCCCUUCCCUGCAAGCUGGGCAAAUGGUGACGCCAGGGGAGAGAGGGUCACCCUUCCUCCCACGCUCCGCCUUUUGUGCCUUCCCCAGCCCUCCCUGGCUCUUAACAUUGGAUAGAGUCUCUUGGGUCUGAAUCUGCCUGGCUUUCGAAACUGACCCUGGAACCUCCGGAGAGCAACAGUGGUUAGGACACUAAGAAAGCACAGGCAGUCCUAGGUUAGGACGGGCGUCUGCCUCCCCAGGUGCUGUUUCUUUGGCGUCCCAGCUGGGGAUCUCAGAUACUUCAUUGGCCCCAAGAGAGGAGUAAACAGGAGGUGUAUUCAGAUAAUUUCCCCAUUGGAACUGACUUAAGUGAAGGUACUGGAGGGGCUCAGGGGGUUAAUUGGUUUGCAGUGUGUCUUUGUCUAUUGCAUGUCUUGGAAAACUCAGAUCACAAAGGUGUUGGGCCUCAGAGAGGACAGCAGAGACCUUGUUCCUUGGCCUUGGGGGCUUCCCUGGACAGUCGGCCUCUCCCAAAUUUAGCAGGAGGCUUCUCCCACGAGGUCACUGCGGGGAGCCCUUGGCAGAGGUGCCCCGCCUGUUCCCAUUACCAUGGCGUUCCCUUUCCUUUCUUCUCCAUUCCCUGAUGCACCAACACUCCCCACUCAGCGAAAUUCCUUAGGGUCAGAACCAGCACUAUCCACUCGGCCAGCUGAAGCUGGAGGUUUGGUUCAGCCUCCACCUGCACUUGGCGUGGCUGCCCGCUGACCGCACGGCCGUGGGACAGUCGGUGCCUUCAGCCACCGCUGAGUGUGCAUCUGUGCGUCCACCUUCCGGGACAGAGAUUAGGAGAUGACAGACUGGAGGGCACCGAGGAAGGACUCUUGAGAGUCUCCCGUGGCCGGAAACACUGCGACCUUGGAGGGAGGGCGUGGGGACAGGAAGCCUGGGGAGAUAAGCUACCCUCUUAAGGGCUUCCUUGCAGCAUAGCUGGUUGCUCCUCUUGGGAGCAAGCUGUCCCUAGGGCCCAGAUCUUGAGGCAUGGGUCGUGGUCCUCCAGCAUUAGACCAGAAGAAAAGUGGGGAGGAGGGCCGAGCCAGAGUCCCUCGUUCUGAAGAUCAGGCGUGUGAGCAGACCAGGCGAACUGUGGGGGCUGCAAGGAGAACUGCAACG